GGAGCCUCGGCAGCUUGCCAGCCGGCGGUCCCUGGCGCCGCGGCGCCCACGCCGCAGAGAGGCCCACCAAACCGAUCUGGAGCGCGCCUCGCCCUGGGCCCUCACCCAGACUGCGAAGGCAGCGGCAGCAAGCAGUGCGCAGCCCUGUUGGCACGCACACGGGGAGAAGCGCGAGGGGGAUCCUAUCCUAUAGCCAAGACCCCCUCGGGUCACGACAGACAUGAUUGGGAAGUUGCCAGGCGAGAGAGAGGGAUUGGGAUCAUGGACAUUCGAUCCUCGCGAGGUAGCAGCCCGCCCGUGGUGGCGGACCCCCUGGCACUGGGAAGAAUUGAGCCCGACCGCGUGGGAAGCCUUCCUGCACGGGAGGGAGGGGUAGGGGAGAGGAGUGAGAACAUUGAAGGGGAGGGGAUGAAAAAGGAAAGCGAGCUGAUCGGCGGUCUUGUGAUUUUCAAGAAGGAGUCGGCCGACCUCCCUGCGAACGCCGCGCGAUUGCUGUAGGACUUUCGGGCGUUGCAGUGGGCCACCCAGAUGUGGCACAGACUCGACAGAACGGUCCGCCGUGUUUGCUGAUCAUGUCCUGACGCCAUGAGAACAGGUAACACCGACACCACGACCACCAUCGCAAGAAUCAGCGGAGAGCCACCGUCUCGUGAUGAUGUGGUGUCGCUGUGCUGUGGCGUCCCGCUCGAGACACCCAAAAUCUCCAGCUCCUGGAGGCACCACAGUCCUCUUAUCCGUCGGGGUGGCUCUGCUGGUGUCUCUGCUAUCCUCCGAGCACUGCUCGCUCAGGUGGGCCUGACUCGAGGCGAGGGCUGCCAGCGCGGUCGCGACUGCGCGCUCGGCCAGGUGCCUCGGAAUGGAAAAACGACGGAGGAAGCCACCUGCGCCAAGUGAUGCCCGAUGGCAGCCGCGGCAUCUGCGACGCUGCACCCUGGACUACCGGCCAUGACUUGUUGCUCCGCGUGUCGCGGCAGCGGCCCCGAGCGACACGCCACGCCCCGCAGGCCGACAGCGGGUCGCUCCGCUCCGCGGGGCGGGAGGCUGGGAAGAGCUCGGGGCGUGAACGCCUCGGGGCCAGGACGCGGUCAGCGUCUCGCGCCGGAGCGUGGUGGGCCAGAACGGGCGGCGCGGCACGCUGAGCAAGUGCUCUCCCGGCCGAAGACCACCUGGUCGUUUACAGCGUAUUGUCUGCUCAUGCCUCGCUGCUCUC